GUUUCCACAUUACACUUGUGUAAGAUGCAUAUUGGACAACAACUGACAGUUGUGAUGACACAAAUCUGCUCUAGCAUACAGCUCAUAUUUAAGGUGAUAAAAGAGGAACCUUACUUUUUCAGGACCUAAAGACUUUUAGUGUCAAACUCUGCACAAACACCAUUCUACACAGUGAGGGUCAAAGUGGAGUAACAGUCAGCUGAAGGCAUUUUGAGUGGAGAGGAACUUUAAUGACUUGAUAUCUCAAGACAGAGUGAACCUGACCUGUUAGGUAGGCCUAUACAUCUAAGGCAGGCAGACCUCAGCAAACGAGGUCAUUUGAGCACCUUUAAGUGGGCUAGACUAACAUCCUGUGGAAAGGCAAUGUGUUGCCAGCUGCUGAGCUCAGCAGAGCACAGGGGCCUCAACGCAUCACUGAAGAUGGAUGGAGUUGUUGGAUGAUGCUGCUGUGCCCUCUGCGCGUCUGUUCCUGUGAGCAGGAGCACCCUCCGUCCCUCCCACCGCUCCGCGCGCACUCCGGAGUUGAGGAUGAAGACGCAGAACAUCAGGACCCUCUCUCUCAUCCUCUCCAUUGUUUUCUACCUGCUCAUAGGAGCCGCCGUCUUUGACGCGCUGGAGUCAGACAGCGAGAGUUCAAGGAAGAAGGCGCUGGAGCAGAAGCUGAACGAGCUGAAGAACAAGUACGGAUUUAACGAGGAUGACUACAGAGAGAUUGAGAGAGUGGUCGUACAGUCGGAGCCGCACCGCGCAGGGAGGCAGUGGAAGUUCGCCGGAUCCUUUUAUUUUGCCCUCACUGUCAUCACCACGAUCGGUUAUGGCCACGCUGCCCCACGCACUGAUGCUGGCAAGGUCUUCUGCAUGCUUUACGCUCUCCUGGGCAUUCCUCUGACGCUGGUCAUGUUCCAGAGCCUGGGCGAGAGGAUCAACACUUUUGUCCGCUACCUCCUGCGCAGAACCAAGCAGUGCCUGGGCUUACAGGAGACAGAGGUGUCCAUGGGGAACAUGGUCCUGGUGGGUUUGUUGUCGUGCAUGAGCACCCUGUGUAUCGGAGCUGCAGCCUUCUCCCAUUAUGAGGACUGGACCUUCUUUGAUGCCUUCUACUACUGCUUCGUAACGCUCACCACCAUUGGAUUUGGGGAUUUUGUGGCCCUGCAGAACACGGAUGCUCUCCAGAACCGACCCCCCUACGUGGCAUUUAGCUUCAUCUACAUUUUAGUUGGGCUGACAGUCAUUGGGGCUUUUCUUAACCUGGUGGUGCUGAGGUUUCUCACUGUCAGCACAGAGGAGCCUGACACAAGGACUGAAGCAGGGGUAGAGGAUCAGAGAACACAGCCUAAGGAUACGCAGGGGGAUUUGGAGGUGUCGGUGGCAGAGGCAGAAACUGCUGAUGUCAGCUAUAAAGACCGCGAGGAUGGACACAGCAGCCUGUGCAACCUGAAUCUUCCCAUGGAGGGGGGCACCAGCUGUAUGAAUCUCCUCCCCUCUCCUACAGAGGAGAGCAGACUUAUUUCAUCUGAGCACUCAAAGCUCUCUGAACCAAGCAAACUCAGGGCCUUGUUCACCUGCAUGUGCUGUGGCCCGGACGUUUACGACAGCCCCUCUCCGUCUCAUCAUGAGGAGGCGGGCGGCCACAGCAACCCUGUCUUUUACAACUCCAUCUCCUACAGGGUGGACCGGGCCUCGUGCAGCUCCUGCACCGCAUCCUUAGAGGCCUCCCCCUGCAGAGCAGCUCUCUGUAAGAACAAUCCUCACACCAGGAGGAAGUCAUUAUAACUCUGUGAAACUUUGACUUAGUGGCCUUUGUUUUGGACUAUUUGUAGACACCACAUAACCCUGAUUUUUUUGCUUGGUGGAACAAACUGCCCAGUGCUCUCCUAGUUACAAAUGUAGCAUUACUUGUUGCCAGA